AGAGAGAGAGAGAGAGAGUACUCAAAUGCUGACACAUAGGUUGUGAAUUCGUACGACCACUGAAACACUUGGCUUUGGGGGACCAUUGACUGAAGACCAGUGACUGAGACACACACACACACACACACACACACACACACACACACACACACACACACACACACACACACACACACACACACACACACACAACCAGCCAUGCGCUCCCCGUACUUCCCGGCGCGGUCGGUCCUGUUCCGGAAGGAGGCCAACGGCGUGACGUACCGCGUGCCGGCGCUGCUCUUCCUGCCGCGCUCCAACUCCUUCCUGGCGUUCUGCGAGGAGCGGCUCAGUCCCUCCGACUCCGAGGCCCACCUGCUGGUCCUGAGGCGGGGCACCUUCUACCGCAACUACGUGGAGUGGGAGGACCUCCGCGUGCUGGGCACUGCCCACCUCCCAGGCCACCGCUCAAUGAACCCGUGCCCGGUGUACGACGAGUUCACGGGCACUCUGUUCCUGCUCUUCAUCGCGGUGCUGGGCCACGUCUCCGAGUCCUUCCAGCUGGUCUCGGGGAAGAACGUGACGCGCCUCUGCUGCGUCUCCAGCACCGACGGGGGGGCCACCUGGGGGCCCGCCACCGAUCUCACCCAGGCCGUCAUCGGGGACACCAUCAAAGAGUGGGCCACCUUCGCCCUGGGCCCCGGUCACGGCAUCCAGCUCAAGUCGGGCCGGCUGCUGGUCCCGGCCUACGCCUACCAGAUCGACUGCCGCCGCUGCCUCAGCCAGCUCUGCCAGACCACGCCGCGCUCCUUCUGUUUCCAUAGCGACACGCACGGCAGCUCGUGGCGCCUGGGGGAGGCGGUGCCGGGCCCCGACAGCGUGGAGUGCCAGGUGGUGUCGGUGGACGCCGAGGACGGCGGCAGCCUGCUGUACUGCAACGCCCGCAGCCCGCUGGGCUGCCGCGUGCAGGCGCUCAGCCUGGACCGCGGCGCCGCCUUCCAGCCCGGCCAGCUGGUGCCGCGGCUGGUGGAGCCGCGCAACGGUUGCCACGGCAGCGUCGUGGGGUUCCCCGCCCCCGUCCACCUCUGCCGGCCCCCCGGCGGGAGCCCCGCCCCCCCUCCGCGCCCGUCCCGGUCCCGACACUGGACGUCCUGCUCGUUGCGACCGGGCGGAGACGCGGACGGACCCCCGGGACGGGAGCCCGGCCAGUCCCCCGGGAACUUCCUGCCCCCCACCUGGGUGGUGUACUCCCACCCCACCUGGCCCGACGCCCGCAGGGACCUGGGGGUGUACCUCAGCCCCUUCCCCCGGGACCCCGACAGCUGGGCGGGCCCCUGGGUCAUCUACGAGGGCCCCAGCGCCUACUCGGACCUGGCCUACCUGGAGCUGGCCCCCUCCCCGGGGCCCCCCUCCCCCGCGGCCCCCCCCGCCAUGGCCUUCGCCUGCCUCUUCGAGAGCGGCACGCGGACGGCCUACGACGAGAUCUCCUUCUGCCUCUUCACGCUGUACGAGCUCAUCGACCACCUCCCGGGCCGCUGGGCGGCGCCGCGCCCCGGCCCGCCGGACGCCGGGCGGCCCCACGGCCCGCUCGCCGCCCCCCGCCCCGGACAGAGCCGCGGGCGUCAUGGCGACGGCGGCGUCGCGGCCGGCGGCAGGACGUUGGCCCUCAGGAAGAAGGACAAGAGGAGCGGGAUGUGCACCGUGUGCUAA